UAUUACUUGUCAAUUUCUGUAUUUUUAUUUUUUAGUUGAUAUUUCAUCAAUCUUUUUAUAAUCAAAAAAUUAAACAGUUACAUAUUUUUGACUCAUUUAGCAUUAUAAUGUAAGAUGUUAUAGAGUUGUGUCAUAUUGAAUCAAGUAUUAUGUUAAGUGAUCGUAAUAUAAUCGCGUUCAUGGCGUACUCUUACGAAAGUGCAUAAUUGGAAAUUGUUAAAACAUUUACAAAUAUACUGAGCAUAAGUAUGUCCUUGCAAAUGCAAAAAUUGCAGGGUACAAUUUAACUACACAUCUAAGGGUGUACAGAGCAUUAGAAAGCUCGGCAAACAUGGGUUCCAUGCGACCAUCAGGACGAUUUUUAUCGUUCGCCAACAACAUGCAAAGAUCACAGAAGCAAUCUGUGCCAAACAAUUUUCCACAAAGUUUAUCGGGCAGUGAGACAGAUGUGUCUACUUCUAAUGAGAACUUAUCUAGAGAAGAGAGAUAUGUGGUUAGACAUACAGCAAGGGUUGAACCUCAAGGGCAAGAAAAUCAUAGCCAAAACAAUAACAAUAGGAAUUCCUUAAAGGAUAGUGUUUCUGGAAGCAACCGUAACUCCUUGAAGGAUUCUGUUGGUGGAAGUAACAGCAAUCGAAGUUCCUUAGAUGUGUCUUCCUCAUCUUACAAUACACUUAUAAUUCAUAAUCAAGACGAUUCUUGGUCAUCUAGACCAACACCGAUUCGAGAACACGAACGAACUAAUAGUGAAGUGAAACAUUCGAACACACAAUCCUCACCAUAUCAUACUCUCAAAAAAAAUGAUGGCACUAAGAAGCCUAGUGGUAUACCUUUACCGAAGAUACAUAAGCAGCAAGAGGUGACUACCAGUGCUAAUUAUAUUGACAUUGGAGGACAAAGAAUUUACACCAGCCCUCCUGAUCAUGGUGUUCAGGAAAUAACGGAAAUCCCAGACGACUUCCUAAACCAAUCGUCAGUUCUAAAGCACUUGGCGAAGGAAGUUGCCCAAUCGCCUACUCCCCGCGGGACCACGCCCCCCGCCUCGCCGCACUCCCCGCGGGCUCCCGCUAAGUCCAGGGAGGAACGGAUAAAGGGCAAAGCUAAGGCCAAGCUCAGUAAGGAGAAAUUAAAUUUGUCCAGAUCGCAACCGGAUUUGACUAGUGUGGGUGUACGCGCAGUACCCGGAGGCUCAGAGUCCAGCGGCUGGUGCAGCGGUGGAGAGGGUUCGGUGGAAGAAGCAGAUGAUGCCUUCACGGCUGUGCUUGAUGCACUGGCUGCGGAGAACCACCAGUUGAAAAGGCAGCUGGCCGAUGCUUGUGAACGUGUCGCUAAGACUUCUAAGUUGGAAGAAGAAGUGGAAAAGGUUCGAACAGCUCACGAGGAACUGGUGGGGUCGUGUGAGCGGCGCGAGCGGCUCGAGCGCGCGGCGCGAGUGCGCCUGCAGGCCGACUGCCGCCGCUUGCAUGAGCUCAACCGCGCGCUCAAGCAUCAGGUGGAACUGUUGUCACAAGGCGUGCGCACAGAUGGCGAUAGCAACAGCGACGCGCUGCGGAAAGAAUUGCAGAGCAGGGAGAUGCUUAUUGCACAACUCAUAACACAGAACAAAGAGUUGGCAUGCGCGAAAGAGCGGCAAGAGAUAGAGAUGUCGGCGCAGCGGGCGACGCUGCAGGAGCAGCGCACGCACAUCGACAUACUGGACACCGCGCUCACCAAUGCGCAGGCUAACGUCGUGCGCCUGGAGGAGGAGUGCCGGCACGCGAGCGGGUACGUGGAGCGCGUGAUGGGGCUGCAGCGCGCGCUGGCGUCGCUGCAGCAGGCGUCCGACCGGCGCGAGCACACCGAGCGCAAGCUGCGCGCGCAGCUCGAGAAGGAGCUGCAGACGCUGCGCAAGCGCGAGUGCUCGUGCGGCGGCGCGGGCGGCGCGGGCGGGGCGGGCGGCGCGGGCGGCGCGGGGGGCGCGGGCGAGCAGGCGGAGCUGCGCCGGCAGCUGCGCGAGCGCGACGAGCGGCUGCUGGCGCUGGAGGGCGAGUGCGCCAAGUGGGAGCAGCGCUACCUCGAGGAGGCCGCGCUGCGCCAGGCCGCCGUGUCCGCCGCCUCCAUACCCAAAGAUGCAAAGAUAGCGGCAUUGGAAAAGACGUCUGCGGAAUCGGAGCGGUUGAUGGCGGAAGUUCGCAGCGAGAAGAUACGGCAUAUGGACGAACUUCACUCCGCACAGAAGAAAGUGGCCGACCUUGAGAGCAGGGUAAAGGAGUUGGAGUCGAAGGUGGCUGAGCGCGACGCAAUGAUCAAAGUUCUGCAGAAACAUACCAGCAGUGCUUCACUGAGGAACAACUCCAGUAGGGAAGAAUUAGUGGGGCUGUCGUCGGGCGCGUCGUUCUCGAGCGCGGAGGGCGUGAGCGGCGCGGGCGUGUCGGGCGCGCGCUACCGGCACCUCGCGCGCCGCAACUACUCGCCGCACAACGACAACGCGAGCGGUUGCGGCUUCGACAGCACGUCGCUCCGCCUGGAGGAGCAGCUGGCGGCGCUCGAGUCGCGGCUGGAGCGGCCGCCCGUGCCCGCCGUGAGUUUCCUGCCGCAGGACGCCGCCCGCCUGCCGUCCACACACUCCACACACUCACCACACUCGACACACUCGACACACUCCACACACUCGACACACUCGUCACACUCGACACAUUCGUCACACUCGGCACACUCGCCGCACCCGUCGCACUCGCCCCACUCACACUCCCCGCACUCCUCGCCGCAUGCUUCGUAUUAUUAAGCGAUUUGGUCAUUGAUUAACGAUACAUGUGCGACAUUUUGAUAGUAUCACCAGCGAAUUAUGAGAAAUGUAAUAAAAUACGGCGAUAUUUCCGUCUUUCCCUUUUAUCUAUCUGAGUCGCUGUUUUUUUUAUUCACAAUUUUGGUUUCUGUUAAUCAAAGUACCUGGUACUGUCAGAUAGUUAUGUAUACAUAAACGAUUGUCAGUUAUGUGAGCGCCUAUGCGCUGUGGUCACACUUACUUUCUUAAUGGAAAACAUUGCUGACCGCCAUAUCCAAGUGCGCAUCUUAUUUUUUCGCCACAUUUUCGUAUAUGGCAACUUUUUUGUCGAUUUUAUGUAUCUGUUAAAAUUACGGAUAAAUAGGAAAUUGAGUAAAUACAAAAGAAAAACAAUUCAAAGAGGUUCUCAAUUUCUCAAACGUAGCAAUUUAGUACCAUUUUAGAAUUUCGAAUGCUACCUUCGCCCCCCUCCCUCCCCAAAGACGUCGUUGACCUAGAAUUGUGUUUAGAUUAGCAAGAAAAAUUAAGAAUUUAAGUAUUAUUUCAGUUUAUGGCAAAGGAAAGUUCAUCAAACGUGAUUAAUUGUUAGAAGAAAAUGAAUAUGAAAUUAUUUUAUAACUGUACAAUAAAAGAUGUACAACAUAAUAUAUUUUAUGAUUAGUUACUUUUAAGACUUGCUGCUAUAUACACUACUAGCUUAACCGCCCGCGGAUUCUGCCGCAUGGCCAAAGGGCAUUGCCAUUAAAAUGAGAUAUUUUAACGCAGUAAAAUGUACCCCUUGUCACUCUCUAGCCUUCGUACUACAUAUAUACAGUCACGAUCAUAUCAUAAAAUUUAAUUGUUCGUCAUUGCGAUGUGAAAGGACAAAAAACACACUUCUUCAUGAUGUAAUAAUAAGGUUAAAGAUUGAACCUCGAAAUAACCAAUAAAUACCCAACCCACUAAUGCUUAGAAGAUUUGUGUAGUGUGUGCUAUCUAACAUAAUACACACAUUCCAUUGAAAAACAUCACAACACAUUCCUGAAAUAGUAUUGCAAUAUUUACAAGCUAAAAUAUGUACUGUGGUUUUUUAAUAAUUAAUAUUAAAUGGCUUGCCUGUAGCCUUUAAGUAUUAAAAUAUCUUUAGGAAUAAACGUGUCUCGAAAAAGUAUACUCAGUGCCUUAUCAGGUGCCUCGAUAUUAAUAAACCGGGUGCCAAUCAAAAGUUACGUUUAGGAAUCUCUAAAAUGCAUAAGAAAUUUGACUCCACUAGUCGUAAUGGUAUUUAAGUUAGUAUAUAAAUGUAACCCUUUUGUGUUAAUUUGUAGGCAUUGGUCACAAAUAUAUGCCAAAGUUAGAGUAAGUCUUGUUCGUGUCGCAGCUGUGUUUACAUUUAAGAAGUGUGAAUAAAUAAUCGAAUGUGUGAAAACGAAAUUGUUAUUUUUAAAUAUUUAAACAUGGAACUAUCAUAAUUCCACAUAUUUGUUGCUAUUGGAAAGUUCUUAAUUUAAAAUUCGGGUCUCGUUUAAUAUUGAGUUUUGUUUUUAAACAACAUGUCUGUGGCAUUAACAUAGCGUUUGUGAAGAGCGGUAUUUGGGAUAGAUUAAGAAAUGUUUAUUUUCGUAUUUAUUUUAGGAAUAAUCAGUAAUAUAAGUGUUGUACCUUUCUAAGGAGCCUUAGAUGGUAAAACUGUUCAUUCACAGAACUUUAUAUACAUUUGUUAAUUAUCUAUGUUAUCUUUGGUAAAAGAUGAAUUUUAGAUUAUACAAUUGGCAUAUAUUUACAUUGUACAAAUUGAUGUCUAUCCUCAUAUACAAUCCAUUCCGAGGCUUAAUUUAAGGCUAUUUCUUAAGAAUGUGUACGCUGACUUAUCCUAAUAUAUUUUGUAUUCGCUUUAUUUUAGAUAGAGCAUGUUAUUGAAUAAAAACAUGUUUUGUU